AUGGACUACGAUAGCCCCGAUACCAUGAACGAUGGUUCAAGCAACACCUUAAUCUCGAAGAUGAAUACAAUGAAACUAUUAUAUCAACACUAUUUGGAUAAAGUCACACCUCACACUAAGGAGAGGUGGGCUGUACUAGGUGGUCUGUUAUGUUUGUUUAUGGUACGUAUUACAAUGGCCGAAGGUUGGUAUGUGAUUUGUUAUGGUCUAGGUUUAUUUUUGUUAAAUCAAUUUUUAGCCUUUUUGACCCCAAAAUUCGAUAUGUCCUUACAGCAAGAUGAAGAAAACAACGAAUUGGAAGCUGGAGAAAAAUCAGAGGAAUUUCGUCCAUUCAUUAGAAGAUUACCCGAGUUCAAGUUUUGGUAUAACAGCAUUAGAGCCACUAUUAUUUCUUUAUUAUUGUCACUAUUUUCAAUCUUCGAUAUUCCAGUAUAUUGGCCAAUUUUAUUGAUGUACUUCAUAUUGUUGUUCUUUUUAACCAUGAGAAGGCAAAUUCAACAUAUGAUAAAAUAUAGAUAUAUACCCUUAGAUAUUGGUAAGAAGAAAUAUUCACAUUCUUCUAACUGA